AAGCCCACCCCGCCCUUCACUUUCUUAUCAGACUCUUCUCUCUCUCUCUCUCUCUCUCCCCCUCUGAUUUUCCGAAAACAAGCUUUUCCUCUUUUCUUUCAGUCUCUUCCAUGGCGAACAAUCUCUCGCCUCUCUCUUCCACUCUUUCCAAAUCCACAUCUUUCCCUUUAACCCCAUCUCAAACUGUCCACUAUUUCUCUCCCAAACCCCUACAAAAACCCUCUUCCCCUCCCAAAGUUUCAACCUUUAAUAAUACCCAGAGGACCUCCUUCACCGUCUGUUCCAAAAAUCCUAUUUCCGACAUUGUCUCUGCGAAACAAUCAUACCCAGAUGGAGCUUUUGUCGACUAUGUUGCUGCCCAAGAUGAUGAUGACGAUAAGCCACGCGAGGAGUGCGGAGUUGUUGGAAUAUACGGCGACUCAGAAGCCUCUCGUCUCUGUUACCUCGCUCUCCACGCCCUCCAACAUCGUGGUCAAGAAGGAGCCGGGAUUGUCUCCGUCAGCAACAACGUCCUCCAAUCGGUGACCGGCGUUGGGCUCGUCUCAGAAGUCUUCAACGAGUCGAAACUCGACCAAUUGCCCGGCGAUUCCGCUAUUGGGCAUGUCCGGUACUCGACGGCUGGGGCCUCCAUGCUCAAGAAUGUCCAGCCCUUUGUUGCAGGCUACAGGUUUGGGUCUGUGGGUGUAGCCCACAACGGAAAUCUGGUGAAUUAUCAAGCCCUUAGAGCAAAGCUCGAAGAUAAUGGAUCGAUAUUCAAUACCAGCUCAGAUACAGAGGUCGUUCUCCACCUUAUUGCCAUUUCAAAGCAUAGACCUUUCAUUUUGAGGAUUGUUGAUGCUUGUGAGCAGGUUGAAGGUGCGUAUUCCAUGGUGUUUGUGACAAAAGAUAAACUUGUUGCGGUCCGAGACCCGCAUGGUUUUCGUCCUCUGGUUAUGGGAAGGAGGAGCAAUGGAGCUGUUGUGUUUGCCUCUGAGACUUGUGCGCUUGAUUUGAUUGAAGCCACAUAUGAGAGGGAAGUCUUUCCUGGUGAGGUUGUGGUGGUAGACAAAGAAGGGAUUCAAUCACUUUGCCUAAUGUCUCAUCCUAGGCCAAAACAGUGUAUCUUUGAGCACAUAUACUUUGCUCUGCCCAACUCUGUGGUCUUUGGCCGGUCUGUGUAUGAGUCCCGGAGGACUUUCGGCGAGAUACUCGCCACCGAAGCUCCGGUGGAUUGCGACGUCGUUAUAGCGGUGCCGGAUUCUGGUGUGGUGGCUGCACUUGGUUAUGCUGCUAAAGCUGGUGUCCCUUUUCAACAGGGUUUGAUUAGGUCUCACUAUGUUGGUAGGACUUUCAUUGAGCCAUCGCAGAAGAUUAGGGACUUUGGAGUAAAGCUCAAGCUAUCUCCUGUCAGAGCAGUAUUGGAGGGCAAGAGGGUUGUGGUUGUGGAUGAUUCAAUUGUAAGAGGAACAACUUCUUCAAAAAUUGUUAGGUUGUUGAAGGAAGCUGGUGCAAAAGAAGUUCACAUGAGGAUUGCGAGCCCUCCAAUAAUUGGUUCUUGUUAUUAUGGAGUGGAUACACCGAGUUCAGAGGAAUUGAUUUCGAAUAGGAUGAGUGUGGAGGAAAUUAGGGAGUUUAUUGGCUCGGAUUCUCUUGCUUUUCUGCCAAUUGAUAGCUUGCAGAAAUUGUUGGGUGGUGACUCUCCAAACUUUUGUUACGCCUGUUUCUCUGGAAAAUACCCUGUGGAGCCUAGAGAGCUUAAGGUUAAAAGGAUUGGUGAUUUUGUGGAUGAUGGGUUGAAUGGCAGUUUAGAAUCUAUUGAUGGUGGUUGGAUUCAAGCAAAUCUAAAUCAGAAAGAUAAGGAUGUGGAAUGUGAGGAUAGUGUUCUUCAAGUAUAAGAAUUUUAGUGAUCAGAAGUGCUGAGAUUUUUAGGGGGGUGUCAUUAAACUUUUUAAGUGCUGCCUUGAAUUUGGAGUUGUAAUAGUCCAAUGCUUACACAAUCUUGUCGUUUUUCCUCUUUCAGUUUUGAUAGUUAUUUGAUUUUGGUAUUUUCGUGAUUAUACACAAUGGUUUCUCAGCUAUGAACUAAGAUCCUUGACAUAUUUGUCGUAUAAGCAUACCUUUUUGAGCCUGCUCUUGUAUCAACCAUUUGUAUAGUUUCCAGUUCAUACUUCUCUAAUUCUAUGUAGCUGCUUGUUCAGAA